CCAGGUGCUUAUCAGUGUGCUGACGGCUCAGGAGGGGGCUGGACUUGACAAGAUGGCAGAUGGCUUGGUGAGGAGAUAUCAACAGGCCAGUGUGGAUCCACCUGUUGUUCUCUAUGUGGACUGUGGAUGCUGCACUCAGGCAGGAGACACUAAGCUGAAGACCAGGUUCAGUGGAUGGCCUGCUCUACAUAUAAGGCUGGACAUUUGGCAUUUCAUGCGGAGGAUCGCACUGGGAUGCACAACAGAUGCACAUCAGUUGUAUCCCAUUUUUAUGUCACGUCUGUCAUCCUGUAUAUUUGAGUGGGAUGCUGCUGAUGUUGCUCUGUUGCGUGAGGCCAAAAGACAGCUACUGAUGUCCCAGGGACUGCCUGCACAGGAUGAUGCAGUGGUCAAUCAACAUCUGACCAAGGAAGAGCUGGCUCUCCAUUGCAGGAGGAGGACCCGUGGAGUGGAGACCACUGCCCACCUCAUUGAGCAGCUGCUACAAGAGCUAAUGGGGAGCAGUGGGAAUGAUUCUCUUGGGGUCCCACUCAUUGACCUAGAAAGGAUGGAGCAUAUUUGGAGUGUCCAGAAGAAGCACAUAAAGUGCAUCCAGGACCCACCAGAUGUAGCGCUCUACACAGAGACAGGAGGCAUCACAAAGGGAGGUGUGCUUCUCAAAACAUAUCGGUGUGCCAGGGGCUCAACUUCUCUUGAGUCAUUUCAUUUACACCUGAACCGAUUUAUCCCAGGGAGCAGUGCAAACAGUCUGAACUUUCAGAUAUACCUUCUGGAAGGACUGCACAGGUGGAAUCAGGACCGGGCUACUGCUUUUCUGUCUUCAGGACCAUCUGAUCUGCGCAGCUACACAGGUGACCUGGUUCACUUUGUAAACAGGAACUAUGAGAGACUGUUUGGCCGGAAAGUGGUCCCCAGUUUCUCCCCUCCUGCAUGUUACACCGGUGAGCUAAUAGGAGUCCAGUAUCUGUUCCGGCAAACUGGUCAGGCAUUGCAGGAUAUGAACCCUGACUCAGAGGAGACGGCACAGCUGAUUGAGGAGCAUGAUGUGGUGGAUGAAAGGGAGGGUGACGAGGGUUUCUGUGACGUGAUGGAAGAUCCCACAGUUCCAGACCUGGAGGUCACUCUGCCACCAGCCCCCACGCUGUCCUCCAAAGAGCAUUGUCCCAUCACCACAGCCUCCAGUCCAUCUACUGUGCCCCCCAGCACCUUUACAAUGGCCCCAUGCACCUCCACCCUAGGCUCCAGCACCUCCACGCCAGGUUUGAGCACCUCUGCUUUGGCCUCCAGCACCUCUACUAUGGCCCCCAGCACAACGGCCCUUGACCCCGGCACCUUCACCCCAGCCCCAAGCUCCUCCACUCCGAGCUCCGGCACUUCUCUUCUGGUGUCCUCUUCUAUGGCUGUAGCUGCCAGUCAGAGUGAAGCUGAAGAGAUGGCUGUUGAUGACCAAAAUAUGCCGGGAUUCCAACAUGUCGACAGGCUUGCUGAGUAUCUGGUGGAUCUCCGAGAGCAGACUUCCCUUUUUCUGACAAACCAGCAGGUCAGCACUAUAAUUGAACUAUGGGGGAACCUGCCCGAUGGAGACAAAAAACGGGUGUUAUAUGCUGCUCGACACCAACAGAGACUCUUGAGUGGCCGCUUCCGAACACCAAAGAAGCCCAGUCAGACUCCUGGUGUUGAGAGCACCACCAGAUGUGUGCUGGGGGCAAGUAGUGCACCUGCCCAGUGGCCUGACUGCUGCCGUUUAGUAGAGACCAUUUUUAUUAGGCUGUGCACCAUCUACCCCAGCCCAAAGAGAAAAGGGAAAGGAGCACUCUCAAGGUGGUCUCUGAUUCUCAAAGACUACCACAAGAUCAGGCAGCUUGUGCUUGGGAAUAGCAUGGUGAUGCAGGGAACAUCGCUACAGCUGGUGGAGGUGAAUCAGAACACCCUGAUCCAGUGGCACAACAGCAGAGUAAAAAGGCAAGAACUGGCUGUGUUGCUUCAGGGUACCAACCUGCCUCCUCGUCUCCCAGAAGCCACUGAACCCCUCCUGGAACCUAAAACCUUCCCAGCUGAACCAGUGCAGGCUAAUCAGGAGCAUCAGUACAAACUGCCGGAGAGUACAGCGGGUCAGGCAAAGCAGAGGCUCCAAACUAUUAGACCCAAGGCACCUGUAAGUAAACAAUUGUUUGCCAGCCCACCAGUGCCAUUUCAAAUCUUUCCAACAGGCACAGCAUUUCAGCCACUGCCAGUGGUCCAAACAGUACCAAUGGUCCAGGCAGUGCCACUGCUACAGACAGUGCCCAUGGUCCAGGCAGUGUCGGUGCUUCAGCCAGGAGCAUUUGUCCAGGCACCUAUUCAGCAGCCUGCCACACCUAUCGCAACUUCUGGAGCCACCCCAAAGAGGCCAUAUAGGCGGACAGUGCAGGCAAACACAUGCAAGAAAUGUGGUCAGUUUCGAACCAAUGAAACAGGCCACAGCCAGUACAGGGGCAGAGUGUUUUGUCCUCAGACAGAGACAGUUUCCAGAGAGGAGUGGUUGGUGGAAAUGAGGAAGAUGUUCCCAAAAUAGUGUUUAAUAGACAAAUAGUUGUUCGUUGUUUAUAGUUAUAGGUUGAAUGUUGAAUGGUAAAAUUGUUGUUUUGUACUUUGCAUUUUUAAGUCUUGAGUUAAUACACAGCAAUAUAUCUGCCUUUUUUCUAUACUUACUGUCCAUGUUAUACGCUUUACUGAUCAUAUAGUAGCACUUUGUAGUUUUGUAAUUACAUAUUGUAAUUGAGAAUGGUCCAUCAACCAAAAAUAUCCAGCCAACAGCAUUCUUUGGGCAGCGUCCUGUUGACAGCAUCUCGUGGGCAGCGUCCUGUAGGCACUAACAAAGGACUUAAGGACGAUUAACACAAACUGUGCAGCAGCAGAUGACCUUUUGUUUCUGACUUUAUAUCUACAAGGUGUAGCAGCUACUUGGAAAAUAAGCUCAUCUAUUGCUGCACAAUUUGGGUUAGUCAACCUCCAGUCCUUCAUCAGUGCUCACAGGA